GGAUAAUAAUAAGAAUAAUAACAAUAUUUGUAAAAAUUCAAAGUUGGAUAAAGGAGAUGGUACUCAAAAUCCUGAUGGAUAUUGUGUUGAAACUGUUAUGGGAGAAAUUCCAAGUGUUGAUAAUAUGAUUUCAACUUUAAUAAUUAAACCGGCCGAUGGAUCUACUAUAGAAGCGAAAAAGAAAUUUCGCAUUGAUACUAUUACUGAUAAUUUAAUUUCAGGAUUUUUUUCUGAUCCGGUUAAAGAAUAUUACGUGAAACCUCAACAAUUAAAAAAUGGAAAAAUUCUUGGUCAUUCUCAUAUAAUUGUUCAAAAAUUGGAUGAUAACAGAAGAAAACCUUUAAAUCCCAAAGUAUUCGCUUUCUUUAAAGGAUUAGAUCAACCUGCUAAAAAUGGUAUACUCGGUGUUGAUAUUAAUGAUGGAUUACCUGCCGGUGAUUAUAGAAUUUGUACUAUCGUUUCUUCUUUUACCCAUCAACCAGUUAUAAUGCCGAUCGCUCAGAGAGGUGCUCAAGACGAUUGUAUAAGAAUAAAAGUUAGGAAUUAAUUAUUACUUUCAUUAUUUGUGACGGAUAGAUAGAUUAUACUUUUCCUUCUUAAUUUACUUUCAUUAUUAUUUGUGACGGAACUUUUUCCUUCUUAAACUUAAUAGAUAAUUAGUUAAUUUGUUAUAGCGGAAUGCAAAAUUGGUCAAUUAGAAAUUACACUUAAUUAUUAUUAUUUUCGUUCGUUUUGUAUAUAACUCCUUACAAUACGCACAGGUGCUUGAUCCAUUAUAUUAGUACAUUUUUAAAAGUACCUAUGUACGUAUAAUCACACUCCUUUUAUGAUUCACGCCCUGUUUAUAAAAUUCAUGAUUACCGAAUAGAUUAAUUACUAUUGUAACAACAAAAAAAAAAAA